UGACAGGUCCUGGCGGUUCAUCAGUUCCAUCCCCAGCUCCUCCCCCUCCCAAGAUACUCCUAGCCAAGCCUGGCCUUGUCACCGGUGGCCAUUUCGUCCCUGACUUUCACACGUUGCAUCAAUUUCGUCCCCGGCUUAUUUUUUACAUCAAUUUCGUCCCCGACUUUGCACGAUUACAUCAAAUUAGUCCCUGACUUUACACGAUUACAUCAAUUUAGUCCCUGUCAUUUGCAGCACAAGUCCCCAAUUUUUGGCGUUACAUCAGAUCGAUCCCCGAUUACAUCAAUAUAGUCCGAGUGGCUGAGGGAUAGACAGCAUCACCGUUCCGUUAAUUUCUUGAGGGACUGAAUUGAUGUAACGCGUGGGCAAAUUGAUGUAACAUAGAAAUUAAAUGAUGUUCGUUACGUCACUUACAUCCUUAAUGUUGAUUACAUCGUCAUUCCCUUUCCCUUUUCCCGCCCGUUCGAAGACGUUUCAUCUUCUUCCUCUGCUCUCUCUCUCUCUCUCUCUCUAUCUGUCUCUCUCUCUCUCUGUGCCUUGUCUUUCUUCAAGUGCGAAGCGCAUCAUCUCCAAGUUCCAGUGAGGUGAUCAUCAAGAGAAGGCUCAAACGAGCACUAUGGAAAACGAUAACCAUAAGUUUGUCUGUAUACCCAGGUAACUUUCGCAGUCUGUAUUUUUCGGUGAAAUGUGGGUUUUAAAAUGAGUAGAUUUUUUAGAGGUUUUGAUCAUCAUCAUCAUGUUUUGACAUUGCUGGGUAUGUGCAUUUUCAUAAAGAUGAUAUUUUAGUGGGUCGAUCAUGUUGUAAUGUGGUGAUAUUUCCAUGUCUUGGUGUAUGUGGUGUUUGUACAUGUUAAAAAUGAUUUCUUUGUAUAAUGGCUUUUUGAAAACACAAGAAAAUCUUUGUUUUUUUUUUUUUUUACAGUUUGCACAUGAGGAAAACAGUCGAUGUUUAUCUGUAUCAUGGAGGGAAGUUUGUUGGGGAACCCAAGUUGGGUUAUGAGGGUGGUGAUGUAGACAUCAUAAGAAAUGUAGAUAUAGAUACAAUCACAGUAGUUGGGGUCUGUGAUUUCCUGUCUGAUGUCUAUAGAACUGCACCUACUAGCUGCCAUUAUAGGGAUCCUACAUUUAAGACAAUUGAUUUGGCCAUAAACAAUUUCAAGUCUGACCUUGAUGCUAGAUACUUGAUCAGUGUCUUGCAAGAUCAGACUGAACUCCACUUGUACUAUGAGCAUAUCCAAGUGGAUAAUCCUUUAGAACUCAAUGAAGAGGAGAUUAGAGAAUUGGAGAGGGUUGAGGCUGAGAGAAGGGAGCAAGAAGCUGCAUGGAAGAGAAAGCAAGAAAAGAUUGAAAGGAUGAAAUAAGAAGCUACAGAGAAGAGGAGAUAGGAAGAGGAGAUGGAAAGGAUGGGGCCUGAAGUAAGGGACUGGGAUGAGGAAGAUGAUGAUAUGGAGUUUGAGGAGAUGCAAUGUGCCAAUGCUACUGUAGAAGCAAGCAAAGUAAUAACUAUGAAGAAGGGUAAGGAGAAAGUCCAAGAGGUCUCAAAACACAAGAGGUCAAGUUACAAAAGUAAGGACAUGUUUAAGAUGAUAAUACAAACAGAUGUUACAGCUGAUCAUGAUUAUACAACACCUGCAUCUCCUGCAAGUCCACUAGCAAGUGUAGCUAAUGAUGUUGAGGAGACACCAUCAAUGGAUGACAGGCUAUCUGAUGGCUAUAAAAGUGAAGAACUUGAGUCAUUGGCUGGGGAUUCAGAUGAGGAAAAUGAUAAGUUUCCAAUGUACAAUGCUGAAGACAAUCGAACUGAGGAAAUUACUGUUGGAUUGGAGUUUGAAAAUCUUGAUAUCUUCAAGAUGGCUAUGAGAAACACCAACAUUGCAGUAGGGAGGGAAGUGAAUUUUAUGAACAAUGAUAAGGCAAGAGUAAGAGCAUACUGUGUUAAGAAGAUGGGAGACCAUGGCUGCCAAUGGAAAAUAUAUUGUGUUUUGAAUAAAAAGACAAAUACCUAUCAAGUGAUGACAUAUGAUCCUGACACACUUGUGGAAAAAGGAUCGAGAACAAGCUGGCAACAAGGGAGUGGGUUGCAUAGAAGUUAAUUCCCAGGUUAAGGACCCAGCCAAACAUGUCUGCACAACAAGUAUUUGAGUUAUUCAAUCACACUUACCAGGUGAAGUUGCAUGAUGCAAUGGUUUUCAAGGCCACCAAGUUGGCCAAGCAAAAGUGUGAAGGUGAAGAAAGGGAGUAGUAUGCAAUGCUGAGAGAUUAUGCCCAUGAGAUUUUAAGAUCCAACCCUGGUUCGACUGUAUUAUUGCAAGUCGAACUAGAGACACAUGAGUUUGAGAGGCUAUACAUUUGCUUAAAAGCAUGUAAGAGGGGUUUCCAAGAAGGCUGUAGACCCAUCAUUGGGUUAGAUGGAUACUUCCUAAAGUGUUAUUAUGGUGACCAACUUCUUUCAGUCAUAAGCCAGGAUGGAAACAAUUCAUUCUUUAUCAUUGCAUAUGCUGUAGUUGAAGUGGAGUGCACAGAAAGCUGGAAAUGGUUUCUUCAAAACCUCAUCUUUGAUGUGGGAGAUCCAAUAGAUAAGAAAUAUACUUUCAUCUCUGACAUGCAAAAGGGUUUGGAUAUUGCAAUCAAAGAAGUAUGUGAUGGUAUACCCCACAGAUUUUGCAACAGGCAUAUCUGGGCAAACAUGACCAAGCAUGCUAAGUGCAAUGGUGGUGAACUACGGAGAGCAUUCUGGAAUUGUGCCAAAACAACAACUCUACAAAGGUUCACGCAGUGCAUGAAUGCUCUUCGAAUGAUCAACCAAACAGCUGUAGAGUAUCUAAGGACAAUUGAUUCAAGCAGAUGGUCAAUGUCAGUUUUUGAUACUGUUUGUAAAUAUGAUGCAUUAACCAGCAAUAUGUGUGAGCAAUUCAACAAAGAACUAUUAAAAGUGAGGGGUAAGCCUAUACUAACCUUAGUUGAAAGGGUGAGAGAGUACAUCACAAGGAAGAAAAUAAGAUGCCAGACUUUAUUGGGCAAAUAUAAUAGAUUUCUCUGCCCCAAAGUUCAGGCAAUAUUAGAGGAACACAACAAGAACUCUAAUGGUUGGGUUCCAUUGUGGGUAGGGGAUCCUCACAUGUCACAGUUUGAGAUAACAUGUUCACCGUUCUCUAAGUGUGCUGUUGAUAUGAAGGCGCAUAGUUGUUCUUGUAGAGUAUGGGACUUGACUGGCAUAUCAUGCAAGCAUACCAUUGCUGCCAUGCUGUACAAUAGCUAGAGGCCAAAGGAGUUUGUCAAUCAUCUCUUAAGGAAAGAGGUCACAGAGAAAGCUUAUGAACCCUGCAUAUAUCCCAUCAGUGGCCAAGAUUAUUGGGAGAUGACUCCUGAUGACCAUGUUCUUCCUCCAAAGAUGAAGAGACAACCAGGAAGACCCAAGAAGUAGAGGAAGAAGAUUCCAGAGGAUAAGGCUAACCUUCACAAGUUAAAGAGACAGUUGAAUGAUCCAAGGUGUGGCAUGUGUGGAGAAAUGGGGCACAUCAAGAGAAAAUAUACUGAACAACCAGUUGCUAAGGGGAAAAAGGACGGGCAUGAUGCUUCUGCUUCAGGUGGUGCUCCAAGUGGUUUUGGGCUAGCUGAAGUAGAGAAUCUGAAUGUUCAAGUGGAAAUGAAUGAGAAUAUGGAAUUUACAGCAGAAGAAAUGAAUAUAUCACUUAAAUUUGCUCCACCCCAACCAUCACAACCAUCUCAGUUUGUUCUAUCUGAUGCACAACCAUCACAUGUACUUUUGUUUUCAUUCGUACAUUUGAAUUUUUAUAAAUGCCACGAAUUAAUUUACUUUCCUUAAUAUUAGAUGCCCACAUUUGUUGAGGCCUCCUUUUUCCAACCAAAUGAUAGCCCCUCCAGUGAGGUUCCAUCACAGCACAUACCAUGGAAGCUACAAGUUCUAGAACCGCCGCUAGAUUUGCAACAUAUUUCCAACCAAGGGGACCUCCACCUAACUGAACUGCAGAUUGCAGAAGCUCAUCAUUUUGGGUUGUUCCAAAUUGCUACUGUACCUUUUACAGAAGCUCAUCAUCUUGGGUUGGAUACAUGUUACAUCACCGAAGAUAUUGUCUCUGUCUAUACUUUUUGUGUAGACAUUUUUGGCAAACUAGUCAUUUUUGUGUAAUAGAUGGGUUG